GAAUGGCAACUAUUGUAUCCAUUAUUCUAAAACAAUUCCCAUGUGAUAAGUUUAACUCAACCCUCUACCUUUCAAUAGUAGUUGCCAUCAUUAUUAGCAUCCUUCUUGUGAUUAAUCUAACCAUCACAAGAAGAAGCAAAUCCAUUAUUAAUCUUCCACCAUCACCACCAAAGUUACCAUUCAUUGGAAACCUUCACCAACUAGGAACAUUGCCACACCGUUCUUUCCAAGAACUCUCCAACAAGCAUGGCCCUCUCAUGUUCCUUCAGUUAGGACAAAUCCCAACAUUAGUGGUUUCAUCUGCAGAUUUGGCCAAGGAAAUCUUCAAAAACCAUGAUCUUGUUUUUGCGAGCCGCCCUCCAACGACGGCCGGAAAUAACUUUCUCUAUGGCUGCAAAGACAUAGCGUUUGCGCCCUGCGACGAAGCAUGGAGACAGAAAAAAAAAGUUUGUGUUGUUAAACUUCUAAGUCCCAAAAAAGUUAAAUCCUUUCUCCCUGUAAGACAACAUGAGGUUGCAAAACUUGUUGAUACUAUCCAAGAAGCGUGCUCAAGAGAAGUCUCAUCAUCAUCUUGUGUGAUUAAUCUUAGUGAGUUGUUGGUUGCUACAUCGCUCAACAUCGUUUCAAGAUGUGUUCUUGGACAAGACUUUGAUUUCUCAGAAGUUAGUGGUCAUGGAAGCUUUGGAGAGCUUAGCAGGAAGUUGCUGAGGCAAUUCACUGAGUUUUGUGUUGGUGAUUUCUUCCCUUCCUUGGGUUGGGUUGAUGAUUUUAGAGGCUUGACUUCCAAGUUUAAUGCCACUUCUGUAGCAGUAGAUGCUUUCAUGGAAGGAGUAAUUGAAGAACACAAGAAAAAUAAGACGAACAAUGAUGAUGAUGAUGAUGAUGAUAGUAACAAAGACUUUGUGGCUAUACUUCUUCAUCUUCAAGAGAAGGGUAUGCUUGAAUUUGAGUUCACUAGAGAAGAUCUCAAAGCAAUCCUAGUGGACAUGUUUCUUGGAGCAACUGAUUCUAGCUCCAUCACUUUAGAGUGGACUUUCUCUGAGCUCCUUAAGAAGCCAAGUACCAUGAAGAAAGUUCAAGAAGAGGUAAGACAAGUUGUGGGGAACAAAUCAAUGAUAGAUGAAAAUGACAUAAAUCAAAUGAAGUAUUUGAAGUGUGUGAUCAAAGAAGCUCUUAGGCUACACCCACCUCUUCCUAUCUUAGUCCCUAGACAAACAACAUCAAAUUCAAAAAUAAAAGGGUAUGACAUUCCUUCAAAAACAACUGUUUAUUUGAAUGUUUGGGCAAUUCAUAGGGACCCUGAAUUAUGGAAGGAUCCUGAAGAAUUCAUUCCAGAAAGAUUUGAAAGUAACCAAAUUGAUUUCAAAGGACAAGAUUUUCAAUAUAUCCCUUUUGGAUCCGGAAGAAGGGGUUGUCCUGGAAUGUCAUUUGGACUUGCUUCUACGGAAUAUAUUCUUGCUAAUCUUUUAUAUUGGUUUGAUUGGAAGCUGCCUAUAAAUGAAGACAUAGACAUGACUGAAAUGUCUGGAAUCAGUGUUAGCAAGAAAGUACCACUUCAUCUUGAAGCCAUAAUGAUGGACAAUUAG